ACGAUGGUCCAUAUUGUUUUUAUUUGAACGUUCAUAAAAAUUUUGAGAUUCCUACCGGAGAGAAAUUCCUCAAACUUGAAGAAAAUGAAUGCGUCCAAAUAGAUGGUGACUUUAUAAAUUGGACCUUUAACAAAGUACCAUGUCCUAAAACAUAUCCAAAAGUUUGUCAACCAAUUAAUUCAAACUAA